UUGGUUCCUCUUUGUCGUGUUAUAUUCACCAAGAAGCAUAGCUUUCCAAUAUACAAUGUUUCUCUGUGCAAUACAUCGCUACAGCAAAUUCAAAAUCUGAUUUUUGAUAAUAAGAGCCAAAAACAGAUAUGUCGUAUAAAGUCCCUGAUUUUACGGAAAUGAAAAAGUAGCGAGGCCCAACUUUACUGCAUUACCACAUUGUAGAGAAGCUGUCUAGAACGUCGGAUAAGAAGCAUGGAUGACGUCAAACCCGAAGAGAAAUCUCCCUUACUAUUAUAUUUAACUGACAAUGAGAGCAAUCCUUCUAGCGAGAACAAAAGAUACAAUUUUGAAAAAGGCAGAUUAUAUGGAAUAUCAUCCGGGGUUACAACAGUAUUUACUGAAUUUCCAAGCUAUUUUGGCACCUGCUGGUUAACAACAGUCGUAUCGAGCAUUGCAAUUUUUUUCCUGAUAAUGGUGACGAUAUCCUCAGUAAACAACUACGAAAGUGUAAGGGUGCCACGUUGUGUACACCAGCAAACUAAUAUUACUAAAUUGGACAAUAAUACUAUUCAUUUGGUGCGAGAGUUUGCAGAAUGGGACGAAAAUCAAAUUAGCAUUUUGGAACAAAUACAUCGAAAUUUUCCUGAAUUUAAACUGCAUCUGGUUAUUCUACAAAAAAACGGAACACAGCUCAACAAGUCAGUCAUCAACGACUUAGACAUACUUAGUUCCAAAUUUGUUCAAACAACUGUUCCGACUUUUGAAAAAGAGGAAAUCACAAAAAAUUUAACGAUGAAUAGUAUUUUCAAGAAAAUCAGCGUAGUAAACCGGCGUAAGCGCAAGUCCGAAGAAUUCGGAUACGGUUUAAACGAGGGCGUUAAAAGACUGCUGGAUGUGAUUUUGCGAAGUAGAGCAAACUUCAUCAAUAGCAGCGGGAUAUUAGAAUCAAAAUUGUCUCGAAAAUCUAUUACUCCAAGAUCCAAAGCAAGAACCAUGGACGAUAUUUUCAAUCGGAUACCUAAUUUGUUAGUAGAAAACGUGACGCAGGAACAAGCGUUUAAUAAGACUCCUUUAGAAAAGUCUUGGACUCGGUUGAACGUCCAAUUGCAAAUCUUUGCUAUCAGAAUUAUUCAGCUUUGGCAAUAUGGGGGAAUUAGUUUUUCUCUCGACAGUCCUAUGUCGAGAAACAACGCUGAAAACACUGACGCAAGUUCCGCAGCAACUUCAUCCAAACUUCUUAGAUUCAUAACCCGGGGCAAAGAGAGUUUUGACAAGUUACCAUAUGGUGUGGUGACUGCGGAUGAUGAAGGCCUUCACAUUUUCAGUAAAAUGCCGUGCCACGCUUUCUUCGGAGAAAUUAUACUACAGUUAAAACACGCCAAUCUGUUAGAAUCUGUAAAGGGAGUUUUAAAAAAAUCCUUGCAUAUAUUUUGCAAACACGCUGCUGUCAACAAAAGUUACUGUGAUAAUUUGAGUCCAAACAAUGUGAUAAAAAUUUAGUUCCAUUAAAUUGCUUAUAUCUACAUGUAUAUACAAAAUAAA